AUGGCUUUGGUGGGGGUUUGGCCGGGUCCGAGCCACGAUGACCGGCCCACCCAUGCCUAUUCUGCGAUGAUGCGCUCAUCAUUGCCUACAUCGAACAUCGGUAUUCUCGGCAGGCCAGAAGACGCCUAUUUCUCAGGUUUGCAGCCCUUUGUUGCUUUGCGGAAGGUCCUCAAGAGGAAGUUUGUGAAGUCGGGGAAAGGGGAAUUCCUGAAGAGGUGGCGGGCACAGGCCAGAGAAAUACAGUACUCGAGUAUCCUCUUCCGACGCUCGAGGCACAAGGGCAACAGGGCAUCAACCGGGACCCAUGACCCGAAUGAGGACAGACAGACAGACGACAGACAGGUAGGCCAGAGCUCUGGCUUUCGAGAAGGACGAGAGGUGGGACAGGAGCUUGCCGUGGCUGCUGCUGGCCACUGGGCACUGGGCCAUCGAAUCAGCAGCCGUCUUUGGCCAUCGAAAUCUUCAUCUGUACCCCUCCGAACCCCCUCCUUCCCGGAAAUGCCUCCUGUGCCUCCUGUGCCAUGCCUGUUGUAG